GAAAAGAAAAAAGAAGGAAAAGCGUGUUUCGUUUGAAGCCUCUUAGUAAGCAUAAGUAGUCUCGUCCGUCAGUCAAAGAGUAAAAGACUUCUGAACAAGGCCGUUUAUUAGACAGAUCAGACGUUGGAAUUUGGAAUAACUAUGAUUAAUAAAGUAAAGAGAGAAGAGUAAAGUCAAGACUGAAGUAGAGUGGAGACUUUGGAGAUUUGUGUAUUUGAUGUGCAUCCCUCUGGUGGCGAGUAUAGGAGGGCCGUCAUAACAUUAAUACAUACGUGACCGCACCCGUUUUAUGUGGUUAUGUGUGGUGAUUCAUAGAUAUUGUAUGUAAAAUUUAUUGAAUUCCUAAGGUAAAAAAUAUAAUACAAAAUGACAGAAGUUCAUAACUUAGGUGUUGACGCUAUCAGUUGCCAUGCUUGGAAUAAAGACAAAAAAGAGUUAAUAUAUUUUUUACAGAAGUGGCCAUUUGUCCAAAUAACAAUGAGAUCCAAGUUUACAAACGCACGUCGAGUGGUUGGAAAUUGUUACAGAAUCUACAGGAACAUGAUAUGCAUGUUAUGGGUAUUGAUUGGGCACCAAAUACCAAUCGAAUAGUAACAUGCUCCGCAGAUAAGAAUGCAUACGUUUGGACACAGGAAGGGGAUGGAAAGUGGAAUCCCGCAUGGGUACUUUUAAGAAUAAAUCGUGCAGCAACAUGUGUAAAAUGGUCACCAUUAGAAAAUAAAUUUGCUGUUGGAUCUGGAGGUAGAGUAAUAGCUGUUUGUUAUUUUGUUUCUGAAAACAAUUGGUGGCAGUGUAAGCAUAUAAAACGCCCAUUAAGGUCCACUGUAACUACAGUCGAUUGGCACCCAGAUAAUAAAGUUUUGGUUGCUGGAUCCACUGAUUAUAAAGUUCGUGUAUUUAGUGCAUUUAUUAGUGAUAUGGAAGAUGCACCUGGUAAUGGUCCAUGGGGUCACAGUAAUACUUUAGGAACAUUACUCGCCGAAUUCCAGAAUACUCCUAAUGGAGGAGGUUGGAUACACUCUGUUGCAUUUAGUCCUUGUGGCAAUAAAAUUUGUUGGGUAGCACACAAUUCAUCAAUUUGCAUUGCAGAUGCUACUAAAGGAAAUGCUGUUAUACGAUUAUAUACAGAGCAUUUGCCAUUUUUAUGUUGUGUUUGGAUGGGGUCCAAUUCCAUUAUCGCUGUGGGACAUAGUUGUAUGCCUAUGCUGUAUUCUAUAGACGAUAAUGGUCAACUAUAUUUCGUAUCAAAAUUAGACAAUACACAGAAAAAGGAGGCUGCUGGUUUGUCCGCUAUGCGUAAAUUUCAAUCGUUAGAUCGCCAAGCGAGAACCGACACGAACGAUAAUGCCUUAGAUAGUAUACAUCAAAAUACUAUCAACUGUGUGCGCAAAGUAUCAGAUAAUGAAUUUAGUACGAGCGGUUUAGAUGGUCAAUUGGUAGUUUGGGAUCUCAAGCUUCUGGAGAAUUCUAUUGCUGGUCUCAAGAUAGCAUAAGUAAAAUCUUUUUUUAUAUCAAAGGAAGACGGAAGAUGUUACAUCAACUGAAAAGAUGUAUAAAUGUUAAAUCUGAAACGAAACGAAAGAAAAUAUACAAUUUCUCAUUAAUA